GGGGAGGCGGGGCAGGGAGGGCCGCAGGUGGAGCCCUCGGCCCCCGUCAGCUACGCCCGUGGCACCCCACAAGAGAAGGAGAAACCGACGACUGAGACGAAAACUGGACAGCUUCUGGAAGAGCUGGACCAAACCCAGCGGGAGCUGACCCGUCUGCAGCAGCUGAACAAGAACCUGCAGGAUCAGCUGGAGCGAGAGAGGCAGUACCUCCUAGCAGGGGAGGUUCAGAACGGAGCUUCAAGUUCACCGUCGCAAGCGACUGCUUUCCACCGGCUGCAGAGGAUUAACCACGACCUCGGCCACGAGCUGGCGGAUCACAGGCCGAGCCAAGAGGAGGGCAAAGAGGCGGAGCUCCGCAGGAGGGUGGAGCUGUGGGCGCAGCAGUCCCAGCUGCAGCUCACCGGCGCCGCCGCCGCUCCCGCGUGCGUCCAGCUGGGGAAGGACCGCCGGCCCUCUCAGGACCGACAGCACCCUCAGGACCGACAGCACCCUCAGGAACAGCAGCACCCUCAAGACCGCAGAGAAGAGUGGGAGCGUCAGAUCACAUCUCUGCAGUCCCAGCUGCAGCAGAGUGAAGACCAGAGGAGGGAGGCGGAGAGGUCCCUGCUGAAGCUGCAGCAGGAGGCGCAGCAGGAGGCGCAGCAGGAGGCGCAGCAGGAGGCGCAGCAGGAGGCGCAGCAGGAGGCGCAGGGCCACCAGGCCGUCCAGGCGGAGGCCGACCGACUGAGGGAGCGGCUCCGCGAGGCGACGCUUCGCCUGCGCUCCAACGAGGAGGCACAGGCCCAGAAGGAGCUCCGCCUGCAGAAGCACCUGGUGCUCCUGCAGGAGAGUCAGGACCGGGAGCGCAGGAGGCUGGCCUCAGGCCUGGACCAGGCAGAGCGCCUCUCCCUGGACCUCCAGGAGAAACUGGCCAGAGCAGAGCAGCAGGUGCAGAGUCUGAGUAAAGGCCCCUCCUGGACCAGGGACAUCCAAGAGGCUCAACAGCAGCUCCAGGAGGAGCUGGCGUGCACGGUGGCUGCCGUACAGACACUACAGGACGAAAGAGAGCAGCUCAGAUGCCACUGCCAAGAGCUGGAGAACCAGCUGGGGGAGGUGGACGCAGAGGUGGACAGGUUGCAGAAGCGCCUGAAGACAGAGGAGACAGACUACUACAACCUAGAGCACUCCUUUGAGCGGGUGAGCGAGGACCUGCAGCUGGCCCGAGGGAAGGUGGAGGAGCGGGAGGGAGAGCUGCAGGACAUACGAGAAGGUUACGAGAGGCUUCUGGACCGCAAGGAGCAGGAGCUCAGUGAGGUCUUAUUGAAGAUGGAGGUUCUGGGGAACAGUCUGGAAGAGACCGAAGUUAAACUCAGCGAGGUGCUGAAGGUAAGCUCAUGUGCUUCUCCUGAGCAGGACCAGUCUGUGAUAUCGGUGAAGUAUGACCAAAGGCAGAAGGAUGAAGCCCCUCUCGAUAUGAGCAACGGCCUUCCUAAGGUUCGGUCCAACAGCCUGACGUCCACCGGUCUAACCGGCAUAGAGGUCAACCAGCAGAACAUCGAUCCACCCGAUGAAGAACACGCCAGAAACCGGUCUCGUUCGAUCGACCCCUCGUUCCAGUACUUUGUCACAAACGAAGAGGACCAGGACAGGUUCAUGGCUGUGAUCCAGGUCCUUGAGACCAAGCUCUAUGUCACGGAGGAGAAGCUCAGGAACAUUACCCAAAGACUGGAGGACCACCAGAGUCACGUGACGUGCCAGGACCCUCACCUCUGCUCUCAGCUCACUCAGAGCAAAGCCACCGCGCAGCACCUGAGCCUACUGCUCCACAAACAGGCCAAGCAGAACCAGCGCUUCGCCCAGCAGACGGAGCGCCGCUCCAGGCUACUGGUCCACACCUUCAGGGCUGCGCUGGCGGCGGUGGAGGCAGCGAGGCAGACACUGUUCGCUCUGCAUCACAAUCUCAAAGACGGCCACAACAGAAUCGACGCCACAGAGCUGGAGAAACAACUCGCCACCGUGGUGGCCUGCCUCCAGCAGGGGGAGCAGAACGCAGAAGAACAACAGCAGGAGUCGUACUACUCCAUCAGAGAGGAGAGUAGGAUCAACAGGAAUGAGAUAUCCACGGGGGAUGAGAUGGUCAUCCUCAGUGACACUGCUUCGGACGUCCUGGAAGGGAGCGCUGGCAGACUGUGGGUGAACGAGGCACUACUGGUAGAAAAGAUGAUUCUUGCCCUACAGAAGAGAGAAGGCAUGGCCCUCUUACAACUGGAGCCAAGUACCCACGUUGGAGAUGUUGUGCAAAGGUUAAAACGCUUGACAUCUCAGAGAAUAGAUUUAAAGAAGGAACGCAACAGCAGCGAGUCUCUGAACUGUGCCAUUGGCAGAGUGUGUGCUGAGGCAGAGGUUAUAUACACAGCUUUUAAAUUGCAGGGGAAUUAUGGAACUUGCAGGCAGGCCCAGGAACAGUGUCCUGAUCCAACCUUAUUAACUAAAACGAGCUUGGCAGAUGUUUGGCCGCCAGAGUUUGCUGCUCAUGAGGAGCCGGGAGAUCCAGAAGACGGAGGCAGAGAAGAGGCUAGCGAGUCCAUCAACAAGGACAAAGAACAACAAGUGGAAGCUAUACUCGUAUCCCAGCUCCAAAGAAGGGCUCAAACCUUACGGGAACUCUGCAAAGAGCUCUGCGAUAUCGAAGCAGGCAGUGAGAGCAGUGUCGACCAAAACGUGGACACUCCUUCCACUGCAGACUCUAAAUGGGUACGGGAACAGGUCAUCUUGAUCUACCUUUAUGAGCGACUCUACUUGGAUUUCAAUCUAGAAACGCUGCAACGCAAGGAGGAGCACGACCGACGGCGAGCACUGAGCCAAGAGCAGGAAGCGGUUCUUCUUGAGGAGCAGAAACAAUGCAGCCGGGACCUGGAGCAGCUCCGACAGGAGAAGACUGUCCUCAGAACACAGCUGGAGGAACUCGAACAGAAGAGAACGGUCGCAGAGGCCGGCAACCACCAGCUUCUGGAGAACAUCCAGACCAUCGAGAACGACCACAAGGAAAGGAUCAUCAAACUGGAGAAGCAGUUCCAAGAAAAGAUCAGGGAGCUGCAGCGCAUCCACGAAGAAGAGAUGAAGCACUUGGUGGUCUACUUUUCCAAAUCCGCCUCCGUUUCUGACUCCAGCACCUCACCAUUGGACACGAGCAAACCCAACGCAGGCGUGGAGACCGUCGGACCAGAGGAACCUUCCUCCAGGCCAGAGGGGCAGCAGGCGGAGCUGGAGACGGAGGGCCAGACCGCAGGAGCGGAGCUGGGAGGCCAGACGGGCAACAGCGACGACACCUCGACCAUGAGGAAGGCGUACCAGGCAGACUUUGAAAAACUGAAGGCCUCUUGUGACCAGGGUAUCAGCGCCAUGGAGGAGAUGUACCGGCGACUGGUGGAGGACCUGAGGCAGCAGCACACCAGGGAGGUGGCGGAGCUCCUCAAGGAGAAGGAGGAGCUGCUGGAGGAGGAGACGGCCGCCACCAUGGCAGCGAUCGUGGCGAUGAAGAGGACGCACCAGGAGGAGCUGAGGAGGAGCCGGCAGUCCCAGCAGCUGCUGGAGAGCGGGGACCUCGCCCGGCUGCACGCAGAACACCAGAAGGAGCUCCAGGCUCUGCGCGAGGAGCUGGAGGUCCUGUCGCUGCAGCACGCCCACCGAUGCGUGGAGAACGCCGAGAUGGUCCAGGAGCUCCAGAGGGAGAGGCGGGCCGGGGCCCGGAGGGAGAGCCAGGGGCCGGGGAACCAGGAGGAGAGCCAGGGGCCGGGGAACCAGGAGGAGAGCCAGGGGCCGGGGGACCAGGAGGAGAGCCGGGGGCCGGGGAACCAGGAGGAGAGCCAGGGGCCAAGGAACCAGGAGGAGGGCCAGGGGCCGGGGGACCAGAAGGAGAGCCGGGGGCCGGGGAACCAGGAGGAGGGCCAGGGGCCGGGGAACCAGGAGGAGAGCCGGGGGCCGGGGAACCAGGAGCUCCAGGAGGCGGAGCUACAGCGACUCAGACAAGAGGCUCAGAGGCUGAGAGAGGAGCUGAAGACAGCACUAACGAGCCUGAAGGAGGGCCUCUCCGUCCAGGACAAGAGGAAGCUGUUUGAGUCAUUGUGA